GCUUGCAAUCGUGAAUGCUUUCUGCUUCAUCACCACAUCAUCACACUUCCAUCGUUGUUAUUCAACCCAAAUAAGCACCCACUACAUCACAACAAAGAUGGCUGACCAACAACCACCCGCAAACGCACCUGCUCCCGCCGAGGGAGGCGCUCCUCAGCAAGACGCUCUGGACAAGGGUAUCGAUGCUGUGCUCACCAAGAGCGGUCACAAGCAGAGCGCUAGCACCACCGAGAAGAUUUCCGACGGUUUCCGCAAGAUCUUCAAGAAGGUGUCCGGCAAGGACGUUCCCAUCGCUGACAAGCAGUGACGGCACGCAGCCACCCUCAACGCGCCGUCGUCUGGCCAAUCAGCAUGACGUUCGCGCACUAGUUUCUUGAAGAAUCUGCGCUUUUCCAAACCAAAUGACCCUUCUACACGCCUUCUCCGUCACUCGGACCUGAGCUGCUCGUGUAAGCUCCGAACGGGAGCUCUCUUGCAUACCCUGCACUUGUGGCCAGACCAACUUCUCUUCACACUUCCGAAUCUUUGACUCGACGGCUCGAAAUGUUCGUUGUCCCACGCAGAACUCGUUCGCGUAGGUAGCAGCACCUCUUUCGGUCUUUGCGCAGUCCUCUCCAAUCAAUCUUCAUUCUUACACUUCACACAUCCGAGCCAGCUGGAUGAUGGACGUGAGUUCGUUCUGCAAUCGUGAGUGCGUGCCUGCUCGCCAAACGCUUGCG